CUUGACUUCUUUUUCACUGAACAUGCUACUCUGGAAAGAGGCAUCUCCGGGCUGUGGAUUUGGAAGAGGAAGUGACGUGCCAGUGGUCGGGCUGCCCACGUUUACUCUAUGACUUUUUCUUCAACCAUGGGACCUGGUACCAGCCGAUGACUAAAGAAUGAAAAGAUCUGGAUGGCUAGAAGACAGCAAAGGCAAGACUCUGACCCAGAAGCCAACAGUGUCUUGACGCCUCUGACUCCUUCCUGGCGUCACAUGUUCAUCUGGGCUGAGAUCUCUGAAAGAACUUCAUGCCCGUGGCCAAGAUGUCGAGCCCCCUUGAGCAGGCCCUGGGGGUGCUGGUCACCACCUUCCACAAGUACUCGGGCACCGAGGGCGACAAGUUCAAGCUGAGCAAGGGCGAGAUGAAGGAACUUCUGCGUAAGGAGCUGCCCAGCUUUGUGGGGGAGCAGGUGGAUGAGGAGGGCCUGAAGAGGCUCAUGGGUAACCUGGACGAGAACAGUGACCAGGAGGUGGACUUCCAGGAGUACGCGGUCUUCCUGGCCCUCGUCACCGUCAUGUGCAACGACUUCUUCCAGGACUACCAGGGCCGGCCCUGACGGCGCCGCCCUU